AUGACGCGAUUUCUACAAGGUAAUCUGAAUAGAUGUGCCUUGGCGCAGAAUCUACUGCGCCAACGUAUCUUUGAAGAUAAGAUCGAUAUAUGCCUUAUCUGCGAGCAAUAUAUGAAUAUUCAAGAUAAAUCAUGGUUCGCAGAUAAAACUGGCACGGCAGCAAUAUGGAUCACAAACUCGAAGAAGAUCUUCGUCAAUGACAACGGAAACGGAGAGGGUUUUGUCUGGAUCAAGACUCCUACGACCUACUGUGUGAGCGUCUACCUUUCACCAAAUGAAGGGAUUAGCGUAUUUCGCCAGAAAAUGGCAAACAUAGAAGAUACUCUCAGCAAAUUUGACGGAGAAGUCAUUAUAGCUGGUGAUUUCAACGCGAAAUCGGCUGAAUGGGGCGCCGAAUACUCGGACACUAGAGGAAAUGACGUAGCAGACUUUGCUGCAAGAUUAGACCUUACUGUGUUAAAUACUGGGAGUAUUACAACUUUUAGAAGACCAGGAUAUCAGGAAUCUAUUCUCGACAUUACGUUUGCCACUCCAAGGACAGCGAACAUGAUUGGAGACUGGACUGUAUCUGAAGAGUAUAGUGGCAGUGAUCAUCAACAUGUGACAUUUAGUAUUGGAUCCGGUCCGACUAGACCAAGCAACUUUUGCAAGCGAAGGUGGAAUGCCAAGAAGCUUGACCAGGAAGCGUUGCGAGCAGCCCUCGAGCAAAACGCAUCUAUUCUUCAAGCUGAUCCAAAACUAAGUACCCGCAGAGAAACGGAAGAAACGGUCCUUAAAACUAUGAACGCUAUUGUCACCUCAUGUAACGCCUCUAUGCCACGACCAAAAAACCAGGGUGUGCACAGUCCAGCAUAUUGGUGGUCAUCAGAGAUAGCAGAACUACGGAAAAGAUGCCACGCAUUACGUCGCCGGGCCACAAGAGCUGCAAAACGCUCCCCCUACCAAGAUUUGUAUACAAACGAGUACAAACAGGCAAAAGAGAACCUAAAUAAAGCCAUAAAAUCAGCUAAAGCCGGAUUGUGGAAGGAAAUUUGCAAUGACCUUGACAAAGAUCUCUGGGGAAAAGCCUAUCAAAUCGUUACAAAACGACUUGGUAGAGCUUUACCAGAAGCACCGAAAUCUCCUGCUUUGAUGAAUUCUAUCGUAGCGGAACUAUUCCCUAAACAUCCGCCAAGGAAAAGAGACAAAUACGUGGAAAGCAGUGAAACCACACCCUUCACUGUCAAGGAACUCCAAGAUGCGGCGAGAACCAUAAAAGCUGGCAAAGCACCAGGCCCUGAUGGCAUCCCAGCCUCAGUGAUCAAGACUGUAGCCUUGGAAUUUCCGUAUUUCUUCUGA